CUUGGCACAAUCCUGGACCACGUCUGCCAGCGGAGUCGGCCUCUAUAGCGAAGCAUGCUAGAGGGUGUUGCCGCUCCCGGUUGCCGCUCCCGGUUGCCGCUCCCGGUUGCCGCCCCCGGUUGCCGCUCCCGGUUGCCGCCCCCGGUUGCCGCUCCCGGUU